AUGAUUGCCCGAGAAGAGAAGCCUUCGUUCGUCCGACUAAAUGCGGCGGAUCCCUCUACAACCACCGAGGAUGUGGUUGUGGUUCUUGAGCGCGAAGGCGGCGUAAUCAUUGAAAACUUGAUCUCCAAAGAGCUCGCACAGCAAAUCAAGUCAGACCUGAAGCCUCAUUUCGACGGUGAUACCCCCGAUAAAUACGGGUUCUUCCCCGAGACCACCCAGCGCGCCAGUGGUCUAUUAGGCAUUUCCGAUGCGUGUGUAGAGCUCGCAUGCAACCCUCUCUAUAUCAGCGUGGCCAACGCCAUGGUGUCCUCAAGCUACACUUUCUGGAGAGGCGAUCACCAGGUAACUGUCAGCGGGAAGCCCAUUAUUUCGUCUACCGUGGGCUUCCGGGUGAACCCCGGGGGUCGGCAGCAGGUGCUGCACCGCGAUGAUAACGAUUAUCACCCCAGCGACAAGAGGCUGCCAGUCAUGAUCGGCUGUGUGACCGCGUUGACCAAGACCACAAAGGAGAAUGGGGCGACCAUUGCCAUUCCUGGAUCACAUUUGUGGGGACCAGAACGGCGUCCGCUAGACGAAGAGGCCAUUCCGGCCGAGUUGGAGCCCGGCGAUGCUCUGAUAUUCCUGGGCAAUACCUACCAUGCCGGUGGUUCCAAUGUCACCCAAAAUGACUAUCGAGAGACCGUCGGGAUCUUUCUCUGUCAGCCUACUCUUCGUCCGGCUGAAAAUCAAUUCUUAAUGAUUCCACUUGAGAGGGUUCGGCAGUUGAAGCCUCAGGCCCAGAGACUGUUAGGAUACGGGCUUACAGAGCCCGGUGUUGGCUUCAUGAACUACCAGGACCCCAUGAGGGUACUAUUCGGUGUUGAGGAUGAAGAGACAGUCAACAUGUGA